AACACGCCUUUUGGAUCUCACCCUUCUCAGCCAAAAAAAAUGUUCAGUGGUUCUAUGCGUAAAAAAUCAAAGAAAAAUCAUCCUUUUUUUUGUGCUUCUUCUCAAACAAGUCCAUAAGAUCUUGAAUCUCAUUACAGUAAAUACUUCUUUGUGUUUGUACGUAAACACACAAAAGUUUGUGUUUGUGUUUGUGUUUGUGUUUGUGAUUGUGACUGAGUGUGAGGAUGAAGAAUAAGGGUUCUGCUCGCCUGUGAUUUCAAUGACGAAAUACUUCUUUUUUAGUGAGAGAGAUAUUGAAGGAAGUGGUUUUUUAAUUGAAAGAAGUGCGACGUGGCAAAGCAAUUGUCGCUAGCAGUUCUCAUAAUCUAAUCCAUAAGCUCUUCUCAAUUUCUCUCCCUCUAAUGUGGACGCAGCAGCAACUUGUACAACCAGUGCCACCCUUGAAACUCUUCCACUCAUUUCAACCAUCAAAUCAUGCAAAAAUUCAAUCUUUAUCAAAAUUAAAUUCGACCCAAAAUCUAAAAACACCAUUAACUUUGGAAGAACUUCCUCCAAACGCGCUUCGGAGAAAGAAAGAUGCAGAAUGGAGAGGAGGGUUCUCUCUUGGUGUCGACUUGGGAAUGGCUCGUACUGGCAUUGCUCUCAGCAAAGGAUUCACUUUUCGCCCUUUAACGGUUUUGAAACUGCGAGGACAGAAACUCGAGGUCCGGAUAAUGAACAUCGCAGAAGAAGAGGAAGCUGAUGAGUUUAUAAUUGGACUUCCAAAGUCUUCUGAUGGAGAGGAAACGAUACAGUCAAACAUAGUCCGUUCUGUUGCUGGAAGGCUUGCUAUUCGAGCUGCUGAGAGGGGCUGGAGAGUAUAUCUACACGAUGAAUAUGGGACGACAAAUGCCGCCAUAGAUCGAAUGAUCAACAUGGGCGUGAAUAGGUCUCAGCAGAAGAAACAAGAUGCCUAUGCUGCCGUGAUGUUACUUGAGAGAUAUUUCUCCACAUCAGGUCAGAAAACUGAACUUGUUGUGCCCAAGAAUCUUGAACUACAAGGAAAACUUAGAACUGGUCCUCCUAGAGAUGAUGAUUAUUUCUCAGACGAAGAUUAAUCACAUAAUAAAGGAGCUUGUACCAUUCCAUCAUUCGUGUUUUCUAAUUUCAAGUAUGCAUGAGAAAAAUGCGAGAAAAUGGAGACAUUCUAACAAUUGUUAAUCAACACAAUGAUUUGGGGUGUUUGGAUUUCCAUUACAAAACUUUUAGGAUGUAUGGAAGGAAAAAAAUUUGUCAAAAGGUGCGAGUUACUGUUUAUUUUGAUGUAAUAGUAAAAAUGGUAGAUAUUGCUAGGGUUGGUUAUUGCAAAAUCAACAUCAGAAUUUGUUUUAAGUUGAACUUCUCUGUGAGUAAUGGUAGUAUUCCAGUGUCAAUAUACACCAUCCUACAAAGGUCUUUUGAUGACAAAAUUAAUAGACUUUUUGUGACUGCAAUGAUAAAUGGGUGUAUUUAAUUAGUAGAAUUGAGUAACUUUCAAUGUGCAAAGUAAAUUAAGUAAAUUUCUGAAGUUUUUUUCUUGCAUUUAUACCUUCACUAUUCUCAGUUUGGACCAGCCGUUAAAAUAAAGUUUCGUAUUGUACUCUA